AUGGCAAAAGGCAGGUGCCCUGGUUAAGAUGGCUGCCAAAAGUUUUGCUUCCCGCCUCAGGGGCUCCCGGCGCGUUUUCAGUGCCUUCGUGGCCGGAGCGGUAGUGGGCGCCACAGGGGCCGGGUUCACGGCCGUUCAGUUCCUCCGGAGUCAGGGCGCUGAGGCAGCACUGGCGGUGAGGGAGCCCGACGGUUCUGCAGAAAAGGCUCUCUUGGAACAAUUUGGAUUCCCUUUAACUGGAACAGAGACUAAGUGUUACACUAACCAUGCCUUGUCUUAUGAUCAGUCAAAGCGGGUGCCUAGAUGGGUUCUUGAACAUAUAUCCAAAAACAAGAUAAUAGGUGAUGCAGACAGAAAACAUUGUAAAUUCAAGCCUGAUCCCAACAUCCCUGCAGCCUUCAGUGCCUUCAACGAGGACUAUCUUGGAAGUGGGUGGUCACGAGGACACAUGGCUCCAGCAGGAAAUAACAAAUUUUCAUCUAAAGCCAUGGCUGAAACAUUUUACCUUUCUAAUAUUGUGCCUCAGAAUUUUGAUAAUAAUGCUGGAUAUUGGAACAGAAUAGAAAUGUACUGUCGAGAACUGACAGAGAGGUUUGAAGAUGUUUGGAUAGUCUCUGGACCAUUGACCUUACCUCAGACUGGAAGUGAUGGAAAGAAAACAGUUAGUUACCAGGUGAUUGGUGAAGACAAUGUGGCAGUCCCCUCACACCUUUAUAAGGUGAUCCUGGCUCGCAGAAGCCCAGUGUCUGCUGAACCGCUGGCACUAGGUGCCUUUGUGGUGCCCAAUGAAGCCAUUGGCUUUCAGCCUCAGUUAAGUGAAUUCCAAGUGAGCCUUCAGGACCUGGAGAAGUUGUCAGGACUGGUGUUUUUUCCUCAUUUGGAUAGAACUAGUAAUAUCAGGAAUAUCUGCUCUGUAGACACUUGUAAGCUCUUGGAUUUCCAGGAAUUUACUCUGUACCUGAGCACAAGAAAGAUUGAAGGAGCCCGAUCGGUACUCAGACUGGAAAAGGUCAUGGAAAAUUUGAAGAACGCGGGGAUUGAACCGGAUGAUUAUUUCAUGAAUCGCUAUGAGAAGAAACUAGAAGAACUCAAAGCUAAGGAGCAGUCAGGAAUCCUGGAGAAAAAGCCAUCUUAGUUUUUAUCUCAGAAGAUGUGUGAUAUCAUCUGUAAUGAAGCAGGCAUGCCCUCUUCAGGCUAAUGUAUUUCAGUGGCCUUGCUUUAAAGAAAUGAUGGGAUCCUAAAUUUAAGGUAAAAUUUCUCCCUGAAAGAUGAAAGAUCUAAAAUUUUCUGGUCAGUAUUUUAUUUGACAUGGGAACUAAUUAUUAAGGAAAUUACUACACCUGCAGAUGGAGGGCUGAUCUUGUGUCAAGUUAACAAGAGGACUGUGUCCACAAGAUGACACUGUGUUCGUGUCCCUUUGGAUGUAUAGUAUGUGAAGUGUUUUAUUUUUGUGCCUUCAGAUUGUAUAGUGUGAUGUAUCUGCUCAGCCUUCUUGGAACCCGA